CGCCUGCGGUGUGCGCAUGCGCCUGCAGAGAGGAAGCUGCUCGGAAGUGUUAUCUCGAACAUUGCUACAGUCUUUCAAUUGGUAAUAUUUACAGCAACCUGCAUUAUUUGCUGUAAGUCGACUUGUUUUAACGAGAAAAACACUAUUGCCGCAGCUUGGUGGAAUUCAGUUUGGCGACGAAGGUGGCAAUCUUGAUGAGUGACUGAAUUCGGUUUUUACAGUAAGAGGGGAGUAAAAUCCAACGGUGUAGGGAUGAGCUUCUUUGGUUUUGGUCAAAGUGCAGAAAUAGACAUAGUCCUGAAUGACGCUGAGACAAAAAAGAAAGUGGAGCACAAGACAGAAGAUGGCAAAAAGGACAAAUAUUUUCUUUUCUACGAUGGCGAGACAGUGUCUGGGAAAGUAAACGUGACGCUCAAAAAUGCAGGGAAAAGAUUCGAACAUCAGGGGAUCAAGAUCGAGUUCAUCGGGCAGAUUGAGCUGUACUAUGACCGAGGGAACCACCAUGAGUUUGUGUCUCUAGUUAAAGACUUGGCACGGCCUGGUGAGCUCACACAGUCCCAGACCUUUGAUUUCGAGUUCACACAUGUGGAAAAACCGUACGAGUCGUACACCGGCCAGAACGUCAAACUACGGUAUUUUUUAAGGGCCACUAUCAGCAGGAGAUUGAAUGACAUCACCAAGGAGAUGGACAUUGUGGUUCAUACACUCAGCACAUACCCCGAGCUGAACUCCUCCAUCAAGAUGGAAGUGGGAAUUGAAGACUGCCUGCACAUUGAAUUUGAGUACAACAAAUCUAAGUACCACCUAAAAGAUGUCAUAGUGGGCAAGAUCUACUUCCUUUUGGUACGGAUUAAGAUUAAACACAUGGAGAUCGACAUCAUCAAACGGGAGACAACGGGCACCGGUCCCAACGUAUAUCAUGAAAAUGACACCAUCGCUAAGUAUGAGAUCAUGGACGGAGCACCAGUAAGAGGGGAAUCCAUCCCUAUUAGGCUCUUCUUGGCUGGCUAUGAGAUGACCCCCACCAUGCGGGACAUUAAUAAGAAGUUCUCUGUACGCUACUACCUUAACCUGGUGCUGAUAGAUGAAGAGGAGAGGCGUUACUUCAAACAGCAGGAGAUCACCCUCUGGAGGAAAGGAGACAUCGUGAGGAAGAGCAUGUCCCACCAAGCCGCCAUCGCCUCGCAGCGCUUCGAGGGCUCGGCCUCCGCCGAAAAGGCUUUAGCCCAGGCCAAGGAGGACAGCAAUUGAGUCCCUCUGCCCAAUCCAGCAGCUCCUUAGGAAAACGAGACUCUGUGUCUGUGUGUGUGUGCUGGUGAGUGCGUACGUUACGGCAGCGCCGCGGGGGGCGUCGCCCGGCCCCUAGAAAUUACCGCCAACCAUGGUGUGGAAACGCCUCCCUUUUAAUUAAGGCUCUUAAAAUAAAGAGAUUGGAGAGGCUGAGGAAGGACUGGGUUCAUGCUAUGGGAACAAACGCAAAAGCUGUGUUACAGUUUAAUAUUAUUACCGUUCUUUAGUUUUUAAAUCAUCAUGUCGGAAUUUUUCCAAUUGGCUCUUUCCAUUAUUGACUAGCUACAUGCCAUUUUUUUUUAAAAAAAAAGCAAAUCAAGUGUGCUUAUUCCAGUGGUCAUUUUAACCUUUAGUGUUUUUGUACGUCAGUGUAAAGACCUGCAAUUCAUUCCCCUGAACACUAAUCAAAUUUAGCAAAACAGACAUAAAAAAACAUUGGCUGACGCAGGCAUUUUGUUUUGCGAUUCCUUUUCCUGUUUUCUUCCUUAAAGAUGUCUUUGUGUGCGACUUCGUCAUAUUGAUGUGGAUCAUCACCAGAUGGCUGCCUGUACUACACUUUCGUUGUCCAGUGCUUUGAAGUACAACAUAGAAUAUUAACUCCAAUAGCUCCUUUUCACGUAUAAAGACUUCAGUUAUAACUCUGCAUUCCUUUGCCCGAGCUGAAAUUUGGAAGCUUCUGCUAAGCUGUGACUUGGGGGUGGGGUGUGUUUUUAACGGCUGUUUUUGCUAAUUGGUAUAAAUAAUAUACACGUAGUUUAGAUCAGUGAUUCUCAAACCAGUUGUCAAGAACCCCCAGACAGUCCACAUUUUUGCUCCGGGAGCUGGGAGGGAGCAAAAAUGUGGACUGUCCGGGGUUCCUGAGAACCAGGCUGAGAAUCACUGG